AUGGCAUUAACUCCUAUUGUAGGUGUGACAGCGAAACUGCUGAUUCAAAUAAAGUUGAUAAGAUGGAAAUAUUUUAAAAGGUACACAUGUACAAGUAAGGAAAAAAAAGGGAAUGUUGAAUACCCAGUGCUCUGGAAAGAUUUAUCAUCAGAGACCAUAAAAAAAGAAAAGAAGUUACUGCAUAUAAAAAAGGAUGCGUUAAAGAGAAAGGACAACAUAACAUAUGCUUCAUAUUUAGAAGAUUCUGAUGGAUGUUUUAGUGUCUAUCAUGUUAGUAACAACAUAAGCAAUGGAUUGUUGCAUUAUUGCACAAAGAGAAUGAUAAAAAAAGCGCUUAGCUAUAAUUGUCCAGCGGUAGGAUGUUAUAAAAUUGAUGAAGAAAAAAAGGGUAAAGAGGUUGCCGUUCCUGGGCAGAAAAGGUUAGUGAGUAGUGGUAAGGGAAGUGAUAAUAGAAGUAACAGUGCCAGUACUAGCGAUAGUAGUAGCAAUGGCAGUGGUGGGGAAGAGGGAGGAAACAUGCCCCACAAAAAACAGACUGAAGAGUCCAAAAUUGAUGAAAUAUUGCGAGUUUUACAAAAAUAUGAACAGGACACAAAUUAUUUUAAAUGUCUUUUUUUAAUUAACUCCGUGAUAAUAAUGCUGAUAAUAGGUCUUUGUUCAUUUUAUGUUCUCUUUUGUGAAGAUAAGAUUAAUAAAUAUAUUGUAACAACAAUUGAAAAAGCUUUUGAAGAAAUAAGGACAUCACCUACUGUGCAAUACAAAAUGAAUGAUAUUAUAAACAAUCUGUUAAUAAGUAUAUUAGAGAAUGAAAAAAAUAAAAUAGCUACAGCAUCAUUUUUUUUAGAUAUAUUAAAAAGUUCACAAUCAGAUAUGAGUACUAUUGUUACAGAUAUUUUAGAAACAGAAAAAGUAAAAAGUAAACUAAGAGAAACGUUUUAUGAUUUGUCUUUUUAUAUAUGUAAUAAUAAAGAAGUUCAGAAAGGUGUUUAUCGUUUAUUAUAUGAAGCCAUUCAUUUACCUGUCGCUAUAAGUACAUCUAAACAAUGGUUGAACAACUUGUUUAGCUCAGUUAGUGUAACUCAACAUGUAAGAAAUGUAAUAUAUAAAGAAUUGUUUAAGAAUGAUGAAAUGAGAGAACAUUCUAUUUUAUUUAUUCAAAACGUACUUUACAAUACUUUGCAGAAUAAUAAUACAAAAGAGCUAACGAAGUACUUUUUCUCUUCCAUUUUUUCGGACCAACAAUUCCAACAUCAACUCGCAGGAAAUUUUUGGAAAAUUUUCAAAAUGGCCUUGGCACCCAAGUGGAUGAACUAUUACGAUGAUUUGGGGGAUACCAUGGAUAGAGAAAAGGGGUAUAACGUGAAUGGCGGUGGUAUGGGUAGUGGUGGUGAUGGAAACAGUACCGCAGCAGUGAAGAAGAAGAAGCUUGAUCUAAAUAAAAGACAACUGAGCACAAUUAGUUGUGAUAUAAAGGAGGUUAACGAAGAUUCUAUACGAAAGACAUAUCAUACAGAAGUAGAAUUUCCAAUGACGCAACACAAAAAUGAAGAAAAUGUUAGAGUUGAAGACACAAAGAGAAUAGAGAGCGAUGAAAAGGAUUUGGAAAAUCGGAAGCAGGCAAGUAAUACUGGUAUUAGUGAUGAUACUCUUUCCACGUACAAUACUAACAUAGAAAAAGAAAUAAAGCACGUAUUAGAACUAUUUGAAAAGAAGAGUAAUCCCCCCUCAUGUAUUACGAACGAUAUUAUCGUUUGUGAAGGUCAACAGGAAAAUGGGAGGAAAAUUAGUGAAGAGGAAAAAUUGGUAUACGAGGGGGUAGCUAAUGACGGAAUUUAUGAGGAACACAAAAAGGAGGAAGACGUAGAGGGAGACAAUGAAGAAGAUGAAAAAGAAAAAGAGCAAAAAGAGCAAAAAGAGCAAAAAGAGCAAAAAGAACAAAAAGAACAAAAAGAACAAAAAGAACAAAAAGAGCAAAAAGAACAAAAAGAACAAAAAGAACAAAAAGAACAAAAAGAGCAAAAAGAACAAAAAGAACAAAAAGAACAAAAAGAACAAAAAGAACAAAAAGAACAAAAAGAACAAAAAGAAGACACCAAUUUAGGAAAGUCUUCAUUGGGAAAUGCCUCAAAUGCCGCAAAUACGUCAACGGAAAAUACUUUAUCAGUAAGUUCUUCUCCAGCUCCUUCGUCAAAAAAAAAAGAUAAAGUAUCCGAGGUGCAUUACAACUUAACUGACAAGUUAAAAUGUUCAAUGUUUUUGCCAACAAAUGUAAAAAGUGAGUGUUUUUAUAUUUUCCCUGUUUAUAAAAUUCAAAACUUUAAAGAAACAAUUGGAAAAUUCUCUUAUUUUUAUUUUAUGAAUAUGUUCAGGAAAAUUGACAACACAUCAUUAUUAAGUAAGCGCGACCCAGAAAUAAAAUUGAAUAGCAGUUCAAAUAAUGAGAGUGACCCAAAUGAUUUAAGCUGUUAUUCCUUUGGAGAGAAAAUAAAAUUAUUCAUAGUUGAUGUCUAUUUGUUUUACUCUUAUAAAUAUUACUUUUACUAUUACUACGUAGACAAGUUGAAAUUGGCAUUUCAGAAAAUGCGGAACGGCAGUUUCUUUUGA